AUGGAUCUGGCCCAGAACCUGGUGCGCUCAGUCGCACGCGCCUUCUACGACACUUCCAGCAUCGACACGAGACACAUCGUCGUUGUGGAUGCCCUCGUGCUCCAUUCAUGCUUGCGCGACGAUGACUUGGGCUACCUGAUGAGUAUGAACCUGAAGGACCUUCACAAGAUCUGCGCCAGAAUUCGCGACGACCGCUUGCUGCAGGUUCACGUCCGCCCCGAGCUCAGAGAUGGCCAGCUACGCCCCACGAACCGCACCUACUACUACAUCGACUACCGCCAGGCCAUCGAUGCCAUCAAGUGGCGCGUAUACCACCUCGACAAGGCCGUCCAGGGCAACGCCAAACCCGCCAGCGAGAAGAAGGAGUACUUCUGCCCGCGAUGCAAGGCCGAGUGGACCCAGAUGGAGGUCUUGGACAAGAUGGAUCCCGCCCACGGCUUCCGCUGCCAUCGCUGCGAUUCGGUCCUGAUCUUCGACGCCGAUCGUGAAGCUGGCGGCCAUGAGCAGUCAACCAGGCUCAACAACCAGCUCAGAUUCGUCACCACUAUCUUGCCCAAACUCGAUGCCGUCGUCAUCCCGGACAACACCUUCGAGAAAGCCUAUGAAGCUAUGCGCGCCGUCGUUCGCGAUGCUACAAACCAGGUCACGCCGUCCAUGGCCGUCGAGAGCAUCUCCAAGCCUACCGCCGUCAAGGGUUUGGCAAAUACCGGCCCCCAGAGCAUUGCCAUCAGUAUCACCGAUUCCGACGGCCCCACCGAGGCCGAGAAGGAGGCAGAGCGUGCUCACAAGGCCAAGAUUGCCGAAGCCAACGCUCUCCCGACCUGGCAUGUACAGAGCACCGUUACAGGCGCAUCGUACGAAGGCAACACGAGCCAGGUGACAGCAGUCAAGGCGGACGAGGAUGACACCAAGAAGCCCAUCAAGCAGGUCGACGACUCUGAGCACACCGACGAGGUGAACAGCUUGUUCAGUAUGCUGGCAAAACAACAAGAGGAGGCGAGACUCCAGGCCGAGGCCGACUCCGACUCCGACGAAGAGGAAGAUGACGAGGACGAGGAGUUUGAGGAUAUUACGAACAAUGCCAGCUCCGUGGGCGAGAAGCGCCUAGCGUCGAGCGGCACCACCAGCGCUGCGGAUACGCCCGCCUCGGAAGAGAGACCGCCCAAGAAGGUCAAGGUGGAGGAGCCUGCCGACGAGGCCGAGAGCGAGGAUGAGGACCUCGCCUUCGAGGACGUAUGA